ACCGCCAACAGAUCAUAUGCACACAAACAAAAAAACAAGCUCCUUUUAACUGAUUUCCACCUCUUUUAGCCCUCCACAGGGCUAGCCAGGCUUCGAUCCUUGCCAUCAAACCAAAAACAGAAAACACAAACUGCGCUAUAUCCUUGUUUUAAAUGUCAAAAGUUGGCACUAGAAGUGCAGCCACUGCUGCAGCUAACCUCGCAAACCUUCUGCCAACCGGCACAGUACUUAUAUUUGAAGCCAUUGUACCUUCCUUCUCAAAUAAUGGUGAGUGUGUUCUAGCCAAUAAGUACCUCACUUUAGCCGUGAUUGUUUGUUGUUCUCUAGUUUGCUUUUUCUCUUCCUUCACUGAUAGCUUCCUAGGGCAGAAUGACAAGAAGCUUUAUUAUGGUAUCGCCACCUUUAAAGGGUUAUAUGUAUUCAACGAUAGUGAUUCCGCCGAUGGAAAUGGAAGCGAAGAACUGGAUGGGGCCCAGAUGAAAAAUUACAAAAUCACUCUGAUAGACUUUGUGCAUGCCUUCGCAUCGCUAACUGUGUUCUUGGUUUUUGCUCUUAGUAGCUCUGAUGUGCAAGAAUGUUUCUUUCCCAAGGCAGGACCUAAUGAGAAACAACUGAUCAUGAAUUUGCCAUUAGGAGCUGGGCUUUUGAGCAGCUUUUUGUUCAUGGUAUUUCCCACUAAAAGGAGAGGAAUUGGCUAUGGAGACGUGCCGGGUUCGAACAUCUGUAAAACAUCCGACACUGGGGACCAAAACACCCAGAAACAAACAGCUUAAGUUUUUAGAUUGAGCUCACAAUGGGCUAAUAUAGGUUGGCUUUCGUGAAUCUUGAAAUGUACUUGCAAGUGUAUUUGCAUUGUGUAAAAGUUGAGAAGGAAGAGCUGAAGAGUACUUCUGAAUCA